AUGUAUGCGGCUUGGCAUCUGAAAGAAAUGGCUACUGGUCUAAAUGCUGAAUUAUCGAAAACUGCCAUUCUUGGCCUUAAGGUUUGGGAAUUGAUUGGGAUCAUUGUGGGGUUAUUUAUUGUAGUUAUCCUCUUUGCAUUAACGUUUUAUCUUACUUCGCGGAAGAAAUCGAGAAGAGCUAGAGAAAAUAUUCCCCUUAGUCAAAUUCCAGUUGAUUCAAAGGAAAUUAAGGAAGUACGUGUGGAGCAAGUAUCAACAAAUGAAUUUGCUCCACGAGAGGGGAUUCUUCUCACAAUUCAUGACAAAUCCAGUGAUAAAGAAUCAGAUAAGGUUCUGGUCCAUCUGGGAAUGGGAAAAACAAAGAAUGUAGAAAACAGCAGUCAAUUGGGUUCAUUUCAUCAUGUUGAUAAAGAUUGUGGUGGGUCACAAUCAGGAGAAGAAGGGAGUUCUGGCACAUUUGCUGUGUAUAAAACUUCUUCUUCACAUCCAAUAACGGCUCCUUCUCCUUUAAUUGGCCUGCCUGAGUUUUCUCAAUUGGGUUGGGGUCACUGGUUCACGUUACGAGAUCUUGAAGUUGCAACAAACCGAUUUUCAAAGGAGAAUGUUCUUGGCGAGGGAGGAUAUGGAGUUGUUUAUCAGGGACAUUUGGUUAAUGGGACGCCAGUGGCAGUUAAGAAGCUCCUCAACAACCUAGGCCAAGCGGAGAAAGAAUUUAGGGUGGAGGUUGAUGCUAUUGGCCAUGUGCGUCACAAAAAUUUGGUUCGCCUUUUGGGAUACUGCAUUGAAGGAACUCAUAGGAUGUUAGUCUAUGAGUAUGUCAACAAUGGCAAUUUAGAACAAUGGCUCCAUGGGGCUAUGCGCCAGUAUGGAUAUCUUACUUGGGAAGCCAGGAUCAAGAUUCUCCUUGGCACAGCUAAGGC